AUGAAGAGCGACCCGGGGCUGACCUUCUCCCUGCGACCCAGACCCGGCCGGGAAUACUCCAACGAAUGGGAAUCGGACGACUCUUCCGCCGGGAAGAAGCUCAAGAAGGCCUCAGUCUCCUCGCCGGAGGGCGGCGGCACCGCCACCACCAAGAGGCGCUUGCCGGCACCUGGAGAGGACAAGACGGGCGCUGCCGCGAGCAGCAUUUCUCCGACGACUCCUCCGAUAGCCAGCUACCGGACUUCCCGGCGGAAGGGUAUACCCCACAGAGCGCCCUUCUAG